AUGCAUAGCAUGAGUAGGGUCAUAUUUUUAAUGCCUAAAAAACUCUUAUCUAACAACUUUUUACAAAAAAACUACUUUCGUAACAUAGUAACGUUCAUAGAGACAGUGGAUUGCUACAGGAAGGCUGUGUCUAGUGGCGUUGUUGUUGCCAAAUUUGGCGCCGAAUGGUGUGGACCUUGUGUCAACUCGAGGCCGCUAUUUGAAAAAUUAAGCAAUCAGAUGAAAUCGGUCAAAUUCAUCGAGUUGGAUAUAGACAAAUUGCCUGAAUUGGCUGAGGAGCACAGAGUUACUACGAUUCCCAUGUUCAAGAUUUAUAAAAAUGGAGAAGUUGUGACAGAACUUGUUGGAUCAGAUAUACCUAAGUUGGAAUCGGAAAUCGUUACACACGUCACACCCCCUCAAAAGUAG